AUGUCCAACAGCAGCUCCAUCACCCAGUGCCUCCUCCUGGAGUUUGCAAAUACACGGGAGCUGCAGCUCUUGCACUUCUGGCUCUUCCUGGGCAUCUACCUGGCUGCCCUCCUGGGAAACAGCUUCAUCGUUACCGCUGUAGCCUGUGACCACCACCUCCACGCACCCAUGAACUUCUUCCUCCUCAGCCUCGCCCUCCUCGACCUGGGUGCCAUCUCCACCACUGUUCCCAAAUCCAUUGCCAAUUUCCUCUGGGACACUAGAGCUAUUUCCUACUUGGGAUGUGCUGCACAGAUCAUUUUCUUUCUCCUUUUCUUGUCAGUAGAGUCCUCCCUUCUCACCAUCAUGGCCUAUGACCGCUACGUUGCCAUCUGCAAACCCCU